AGAAUUUAGGGACGCAGACGAAAACAAACGAUUAAGGCUAACUAACGUGUUAAACCCGGAAAAACAUCACUGGAAUACAUUAGAUAAAAGAGAAAAAAAACUAUCAAGUUUUGAUUAAUUUCAUAAAAGACAAAAGAUAAUGACUUAAUGAGCCUCUACAACUCUAAUGAAAUGAAAAACACAUAAGUACGAAAUUACGAAAAUAUUCUUAAACCCCUAAAAGAUCCAUUUGAGGUUCCUAAAUAGCGACAAAAAUUGGAUGGGAUUAAUGGCGUAGCGACUACUAUUCUUGACAACAUAUCAAAACGAAUCUCCCGACUAAAUUUCGCACAAUCCUAACAACAUGGUUUUUCAAUCCUACAAGUCGGUUUCUUUGUAAAUACUCUUGCCAACAGUUCUACAUCAUUCAAACUCUAAUAGAUCUAACAUGUCCCGUACAUACUACUUUAGACAAAAGGGCUUCACGCAAUUAUGCAAAAGAACAAAGGGGUGAAAGUUUGAGUGCAAAAGAUGUAUUGACGUAUUGUCCUUUUCCUUUCCUCUGCCUGCCAAACAAUCUGUGGUUGCAGAGAUAGAAAAUGUCAAAGAGGGUCCAUGUGCCCAACUCAUGUGGAUUGAAUCAUCCUUGUGAAAGUAAAGCAAUCAACUCUUUUCCCAAUUUAUUGCUGCACAUGCUCCAUCACAAUCACUUUGCCGGCUUCACAAGCCAAAAUAGGCAAAAAGACAUAACAGAUCUCUGUCAACAAAAUGAUCCAUAAUUCCUGAUUGAAGCCAUGAACUAAUUAUAUAGUGGCAGUGAAAGUACUGCAUUCAAACUCAUAUCAAUGAUGCCUAAGCUGGGAUCUUGGGCUAUAAGGUUGCCUGUAAAGAAGACUCGUUUUCUCCCCGUAGAGCAACUUCUGCCUCGGAUUACCAGAUCUAUUGUCAAUCCUUUAACCAAUUCUCAGGUUCAUGAAGUGGUGUUAGCAGCUGAUUUAGGCUGUGCCAAAUGCAGAGAGAAGGUUGCUGAUGCAAUUUCAAGGCUUGAUGAAAUGGAGUCAGUGGUAGUGCAUGUGGUGGAGAAGAAGAUCUGUUGGAUGGUUAUGAAGAUCAACAUGGACUGCAAUGGUUGUUACAGGAAAGUAAGGAGAGCCCUGCUAAGCAUACAAGAGUUGGAGACACAUUUGAUAGAGAAGAAGCAGAGCAGGGUGAGUGUUUGUGGCAGAUUUAGUCCACAAGAGGUGGCAAUCAAGAUCAGGAGCAAGACUAAUAGAAGAGUGGAGAUAUUACAUAUUCAAGACCUCGCUACCAACAUCAACAAUACUGAUAACAUUGAGAGAGUCAUGGGAUGAUCCAUCAAGAACACAAGCCCUUGAUGGGUACUUGUUGGAAUAUUGUAAACAAGCAAAUUCAAACUUUUAUUACAUGAAAAAGGACUCAUAGAUUUGUCUCAA